CCCAGUUCCAGAUUCAACUACGCGUCUGCGGUACGAUGAUCCACGAGUAAUCGACCAGAGAUACGUCCCGUUAUGGGAUGAUUGUUAUGAUGCUUGUCGCCUGGGUGACGCGGCGCGCGUGUAGGGUUAAUGGCGAAGCCGCAUUCGACGCAAAUUAUUGCUGGCUCUGGCGAAUUGUAGUACAAGCCCAGACUCUCGAGCUUUUGGAGCUGACUCGGCCGCAAUGUGACAAUAGCAUCAGUGUACGUCGCGAGGCCUGUCAUAUUGAUAAAGUUGAGAAGGCAGCAAGAGGAUCGGAUACCCUCUAUGAAGCCACAUUUAGCCAAGAAUAAAGAGAGAGCUUGAUUGCUGCUUCCUUCCUCCUAAUCGACGCAACCGAAAUUACUACACGCUCUGAAGUCUAAGAGCGCGGUCGUCUACAUGGUUGGCACGGG